AUGUACGAGGCAGCAGCAGUUUUUCAUCGUCCACCUCUUAUCUUAUCACCUGAAACUGGCACAUUUAUUCAAUAUGUAGCAGAUAAUGCUGAUAUAAAUGUAAAUACGCUAGACGGUCAUAACACGCAUCACAUUAUGGGUAUUAUUCAGAUUGUUACUCCAAAAACUUCAGUUGUACUAGAAGAGCCUAUACAACGAAUAAAAGUAGUCCCAUCAGCAAAAGAUUUUGCGGCAAUAGCUCAUGUGCCAAUACAGGUGUAUGAAAAUAAUGGUGUAGUAGGUUACAGUAAAAUAAAUGUCCGAGAUUUUGACUAUGGAAGUGGAGUAAGAGUAUCUUUACUCAAAAAAGUCGACGUGAUAUGGUUCUAUGGCAAAUGGAGAAAUUUAUCAAUUCCCGGUUGGAAUGGUUUCAUUGAGCAUUUAACAAGUAAUAUUAUAAAUUUUUCAACAUCGAAAAUUUCAUUUUUACCGUUUAUUCAUCAACCAGCUAGUAAUUACAACACCAUAUACACCACUUUACUUUGUGCUUCAGAAAAUGCAAAACGUUAUGGUCAUAAUGUAUGCGUUGUUACUUUUGAUCAGCCUCUGUAUGCAAAAGCUCGAGAAAUCGUCUUAGCUGCACCUGAAGGAUCUGAAUUAUCGAAAAUCAUAAUCAGGCUCGGAGGAUUUCAUUUACUUAUGUCAUUUCUUGGAGCAAUUGGUUACAUCAUGCAAGGAAGCGGUAUAAAAGAAAUACUUUCUUUGAUUUAUGCACCUGGGUCAUUAGAUAAAAUGCUCAACGGUCAUGCAUACGCGAGAGCUAUUCGAGCUCAUACAUUACUUCAGUUAGCUUUAACAAUAAUAAUAUUUAAAGAACUUGAUAUUGAUGACGCCAUUGAUGAAAAUCUGACGAUAACUGUGAAAAAUGUAAUUGAUAAUUCUAUUUCAUAUAAUGAUGUUGAACAUGAUAAUGAAACAUCUGGAGCAUUACUGAAUAAGUUUAAUGAAAAACUAAAAGAAUAUGAAAAACGAGGACCCACCGCAAAAUUAUGGAUUCAAUAUUUUGAUAUGGUGUCGAUUGCAAAGGAGUUUAUAAGAGCUGAACGUAUGGGAGAUUGGCAAGCUCACUUGGACAGCGUUAAAGAAAUGCUUCCUUACUUUCACGCGUCGGGACAUUUCUCUUAUGCUAAAUCAUCACACUUAUAUCUACAAGAUAUGCUACAAUUAAAAAACUGCAUGGAUCCUGAUGUUUACCAACGUUUUACAGGAGGAUAUUUUACGAUUAGACGUUCAGAUAAAUUGAGUUGUGGAACUUCAACAAACAUGGUGAUCGAGCAGUCAAUGAUGAAAGCAAUGAAGACAGAUGGAGGUCUUUCUCGAGGGAGAAGUACGAAAGAGAGUGUCAUAAGUAAAUGGGUAUAUGGUAUGCAUGCAAUGAAUGCUAUUUGUGAAGGAUUGGAAGAUUUCGCUAAUGUUAAAAUGGACACAACAGAUCAGCAUGUUGAUGCAAGUGAUUCUCGAAUGAAGAAAGAUUCUCAAGACAUACAAAGCCUCCUAGAGUGGUUUUCUUUACAUGAUCCUUUUUCAGAAUUGUAUCUAUUGCCAGUGGAAUUGUUGGUGAUGACAAAAUUAAUUGUCAUAAAGCUCGUGAAGUUGGAAUUGCUUGCAUGUCAAAAAUAA